AAUCGCGUUUUGAAUUGAAUAUUAUUAAUUUGUAGAAGUUUCGAGAUUAUUUCUCCUCUAUUUCCUCACUAUAUCAUUCUUUUUUCUCUCUCUUUUUCAAUUCUUUAUGCGCUAUUCGACUCAUUCCUUAUUGGCGCAUAAGCACAAGUGUAAAGGAUUUUAAUAUAUGAAGCUUAAUUACGCAGAAAAAAAAAUAUGCUUAUUAAUAGUUUCUGUCAAAAAAAAAAAAAGCUAAAUGUCCGCUUUGCCUAAAUUAAAUCAUCGUUUAUAAAAGCUCGUCUGUUUGUUUUUCAUUUUUUUAUCUUCUUCUUCGUCUUAUUAAUAAUUAACCAAAGAUGGUCUCCAACAAGCAAGUUGUUUUCGCUAAGGUCCCUGCUGACUAUCCCGUCGCUGGUGAACAUAUGCAAAUUAGAGAAUCUACUAUUGAUUUGGAUGCUGAACUCGCCAAGGGUGAAUUUAUCCUCAAGACACUCGAAAUCAGUGUUGACCCAUACAUGCGUGGUCGUAUGAGAGACCCUAACAUCAAGAGCUAUGCUCCUGCUUUUGAUUUGGAUGCUCCCAUGACUGGUGACACUAUGUCUGUUGUUGUCCGCUCCAAUCAUCCUGAUUACAAAGUAGAUGAUUUGGUCUAUGGUCGUACUGCUCGUGGUCGUUUUGAAGAAUACGUCAAGGUAGAUGCUGAAUAUGCCAAGUCUUCUUAUGUUGUCCGUAACGAUGCUAAGCAAAACGGUCUUCCUUUGAGCCAUUAUGUCGGUGUUCUUGCUAUGCCUGGUAUGACUGCUUACUAUGGUCUCCAUGAAGUCGGUAAGCCUAAGAAGGGUGAAACUAUCUACGUUUCUGCUGCUGCUGGUGCAGUUGGUCAAAUCGUUGGCCAAAUUGGUAAGGCUCUUGGCUGUUACGUUGUUGGUUCCGCUGGCUCUGACGAUAAGGUCGAAUACCUCAAGACAAUUGGGUUUGAUGAUGCCUUCAACUACAAGAAUGGCGAUAUUGAAGAACUCUUGAAAAAGCACUGUCCCAAUGGUAUUGAUGUCUAUUAUGAAAAUGUGGGUGGUAAGAUGCUUGAUGCUGUUUUGAAGGUCGCCAAUAACUUUGCUCGUAUCAUUGCUUGUGGUAUGAUUUCUCAAUACAACCUUACUAAGCCUGAACCCAUCUACAACACGAUGUACAUUGUUGCCAAGCGUAUCAAGUUUGAUGGCUUCAUUAUCAUGGAUCACAUGGACUUUGAAGAGAAGUUCCUUCAAGAUGUCACUCCUUUGUUAGCUAAUGGUCAAAUCAAAUACCGUGAAGAUAUUGUGAAGGGUAUUGAAAACACUCCUGAAGCUUUGAUCAGUGUUCUUAGGGGAAAGAACUUUGGCAAGAUGGUUGUCCAUGUUGCUGAUUUGUAAAUAUAUUGCUUAAUAUUAUAAAUAAAAUAGAAUGUGUUAUCGAGAAUUGGUCUACUUUUUAGUGAUAAAAAUAAUGGAAUAAGUGAGUGUC